AUGGUGUCCAUCAUUAUGCAGCGAAGACGGAAUCUUAUUGUACCCAAGGCGUUGGUCAAGGGUGAGAAGGUGCUUAAGCUGUGCUCUCGUUGCAGACACAACAAAACCAAGUGUGACGCCUUGUUGACGAGCCCGUUUCCGUGCUCGUAUUGUUCCAGGAAGAACCUUCCGUGCAAACUCGAUGUGACGAAACCGCCCAAGAGAGAGCACGACAUCACCGAAAGAAUAGUGCACGAGGUGCAAGAGUUGCACCACAAACUCGAUGGCUUGAUCUCCAAAAAGGCUCUUCUCGUGGAGAAGCUCAUCCAGAAUCUGCACGUCCCCGCUCCUCUUUCGCCAGCAAACUCCGUCAUUCAAUCUGUUCUUGACUCCCCGUCCAGGCCUGCCGCAGAACAUGAGCCCAUAUACAUUGACCCCAUCCCAACGCUAUCUCUCGCGGACUCGUUCACGAUUCACUCCAGUCAGAAUUUGGGCCUGGUCUCGGUCUCGUACGAUAGGGCCGUGUCUCUUUUCAAGGUUUUCGAAAAAUCGUACUGUCCGCACCUCUCGAUUCUCCCGAGCUCCUUUUUUCAAAAGAAAUUGCAUGCCAUAUACCAGGAGAGCAACAUGCUUUUCUGGACCAUCCUUGUCACGUCCUUGUUGACCGAAGGUACUUCCGAAGAAUACUCUGAUUUGGCGGCGCAUGUUCAAAACUUGGUCGUGGUAGAUUGCUGGUUCAAUACUCCCCGCUCGCUCUAUUCAUUGGUGGCCUUGUUGAUUUUGACUACCUGGCCAUUACCGGACAACCGCGCUCUGCAGAUCCAAGACUGUAUUUCUGUGAAUUACAUCUCGCUCAUGAAAAGCUUGGCUCUUCAGUUUGGGCUUCACAAGUUGACUUUCAUCAAUGAGUUCAGCAAGAAGACAAAGAUGGAGUUAGACAGCGAGGCUGGGGUCAACCAUGCCUUUCGCGAAAGAAUCUACAAGUACGUGAACAUCAACUCAAACUACUGGCUAGUUUAUCUCGGGCUCUCCACCUCUAAUUACAACGGCUUUCACCAAGACUUCAUUGUUAACCGAGCUGCAAACUUCGACAUCUUCAAACAGAGCAAGUUUGCAGAGCAAGAUAACUUUAUCAAUUCGCUCCUCAAAGUCUCUUUGGUGCAACUGAAAAUGAACGAAAUCAUCGGCGAUUCGGUCAAGGGCCUGAACCAAGUCAGUAAGCUCAUACACCUCAACAUGUUUGAGCAAAUUUUGGAUGGGUACAAGAAUGAAACUUCGCCAUUGUUGAAAAACGAAUUGAUUUCUCUAUCACUCGAAUUUUCGAAAUUGCAGCUUUACAUAUACUACCUUUCACGAAGUGAUAUCAACGUCAACGAGUACAAAGCAGUGAUUUACCGGACGUUUUCUUCUUGUAAGGCGAUUCUUGAUCUUUUCCAGAAACAGUUUGGAAAAAGUCUGAACUACUUUCUGAUCCCAAUCCAUUACCGGUUUAGUGUGGAUUUGGUUGCUUUGACCUUAUUGCAAAUUCACUCGUCUCCUCUUUUAGUGUCGGUCGAACACUACAUUGACGUGAAGUCACAGUUCUUGCGCUCCUACAGCGUUUUAACAAAUGAAGGAAACCCAGGAUGGGUCAGCCUGAACCAAAAGUUUCUCACCAUACUCCGCAAGUUUGAUUCCUGCGAUAAAGCAAAAAUUUUGGCAUUGAAAUCUAAGAAAAACUCAUUUUUCAUUGUCGACAAAAUGGCUAAUUACUUGGUUUCGGGCUUGCACUACGAACUGCUCUGGCAGGUCUUUCGGACUGAGAAAUUGACGGAGUCUGUAUGUGCUAAAACUAUAGACUGGAAGCUAUUCGGGAUCAACCCAGACAAUCAACAGCACAGAGAAGUCAUGGAAUACGUUAUGAAUUCUAAGCCCAUUUUGGCUCCAAGCGAAUAA